ACGUUGCUGGACUUUCUCUCCUUCAUGUGUGUAUUUGCAGUCUGCAUCAAUCACACAGUAUUUGGCUGUUCAAACUGCAUCCGAACCUUUACCAGUCCGACGGGCCAGUUUACUUCCCCUUGUUAUCCCGACUUGUAUCCCAAUGAUUUAAAAUGUGAAUGGACCAUCCGAGCUCCCAUGGGAUUCAGCGUGCAGCUAACCUUUCAGGACUUCACCUUGGAAGAAGCCCAGGGAUGUAUAUACGACUCUGUAAUAAUAAGUACUGGGGCAGACACAAUAAAACUGUGCGGAAUCACGGCCAGCGGCCUGACACUCAGUUCCACCGGGAGUUCCUUGAACGUAUCCUUCAGGACUGACUUUAGCAUUCAAAAGAAAGGGUUCACCGCCAGCUACACACAAGUGGCGGUUUCGCUCCGUAACCAGAAGGUGGUCCUUUCCAGAGAUUCCACAGACCAGACCAUGUCCGUGUCCUCUUCACUCAUCAUUCCGGAGCUCAGGCAGUUCACUCUUUGCCUGGAAGCCAAGUCAUCAGACACAAAAAAGCACUGGAUCCUCUUUUCCUAUUCGGACACCCAGGGCUCGGAGGUCUUCAGCUUCAAAAAAAACAACAAUGCGUACAAGCUCAUCAUCUCGGAUGAGGAGUGUGAUGUGAGCUACCUCUGGAAGAAGCACUUCUCCCAUAAGGCCAUUACUGGUGAGUGGCGGCAGAUUUGCCUGGCGUGGGAUGGCAUCACAGGAAAUAUCAUCACCCAGUCCCAGGCCACCCAGCAGGUCAACUUGUGCCGAGGCUCUAGGGAUAAGUUCAUCCCAGGGAACGGGAGGCUGAUCCUGGCGCCUAAUGGCGACCCGUCCAAUUACAUCUUCUCCGGGGAAAUCUACAACUUCCGCCUGUGGAACUUCAGCAUGGACACCCAGGCACUGGAGGAUGUCACUUGCGACCAAGUGGGGAAUGUGGUGGACUGGCAGAAUGCACACUGGAACAGGUCUGCAGCCGACGUGCAACCAGAUAGCGAACUGAGCUGUGCCAGUUCCUUGGUGACCCAGCCUGUGACAACACCCACCUCCUGCUCUCCCACUGGAUCGGUGUGUCAAGGGGGAUUGUUCUACAGAGCAGACUUUACUGUCUAUAGUCUCUACAGCGAGAACAUGGACAAAGCACAGAUAGAAGAAGUGAUCUCCACUUGGCUCUCUGAGUCCUUUAGGAACUGGAAUUACACUGUGUCCGUCGUCAGUGUGAGGAUCCAGGAGAAAGCUAGAAGUUUAAAAUUAGGAAAGAGAUCCCUGUUGGACACGAGUGCUGGGUUUGACUGCCGAGCAAUCCUCUAUUGCAAUGUGACGAAGAUCUUUCAACUGCAGGAGAGAGUUGUGCAGGAAAGGCUCGUGAAUGCGUCUGGGGGAUUAGGACACAAUCUUUCUGUGGUGUCUAUUAUCGUCAAUCCAGUGGAUAACUGCACAGAAGAAGAAAGUCCAUCUGAUUACUUUUGGCCACAGACCAGGCCACCAGCCACCCAGUUUCUGAUGUGCGUCUCAAACGGGGGUCAGUUUGCAGUCAGGCAGUGUGUUUUGAACCUACAGAACUACUCCUCUCACUGGAACCCACCAGAUCUGAGCAACUGUUCGCUGAGCACAACAGCCAACCCCAACAUCAGUGACAUCGAGAACAUUAAAGUCUCGCCAGACAACGCGGCCGACGUGGCAAAUCAGCUGCUGGACUUCACGGCGGACACCAAGAACCUGACGAGGGAGCAGGUGGACCGGCUGGUGGAGACCCUGAGCCAGAUUGUCAUCGUGGCCAGCAUCAACGAGUCGCUGGCCUCCACUGUGGUGACUGUCCUCUCCAACAUCCUCUCCAGCUCCGACACCGCCCUCGUCACCUCCUCCCGAGUAGCUCUCCAGACGGUUGAUGCAUUGACGGUUAAGAUGACCUUCCUGGGACCUUCAGUGAGCAUCACCUCCCGGAACCUGGCUCUGGGAAUCUCCGCUGUGGAUCCCAGGAACUACAGUGGCACCUCCUUCAGUGUGGGCUCCCUGGAACCCGACUCUGACCUGAAGGUUGACUUUGACAAGGACACUGAGGCAGAGUCACUGGCCGAGGUCCUUCUGCCCACCAGCCUCUUGGAGCAAUUGAGCGAGGCAGAGUUCAGCGCUGUGUCCAGGACUCAGUUUGCGUUCUUCAGCAAGAGUGGACUCUUUCAGGACCCGGGAGCUUUUCCCCUGGAGGGUUACGUGGUGGCGAGCAGUGUGGGCAACAUCACCAUUGAGGACCUCUCCCAACCCAUCAGGAUCAAAAUCAAACACAGACAGUCCGAGAUAUCAUUUAAGCCUCAAUGCACAUUCUGGGAUUUGGCGUUAAACAAUGGCAGUGGUGGGUGGAACCCUAAAGGCUGCCGAGUGCAUCCACAAUCCAACGCCAAUGAGACCAUCUGCCUGUGUGAUCACCUAACCCACUUUGGAGUCCUGAUGGACAUCUCUGGGACGGCCCAUCAGAUCGACGCGGUGAACACCCAGAUCUUGACCUUCAUCACUCACAUAGGCUGUGGAGUGUCUGCCAUCUUCUCAGCCACAACACUCCUGACUUACGUCGCCUUCGAGAAGCUACGCCGGGAUUACCCCUCUAAGAUCCUGAUGAACCUGAGCACGUCUCUGUUUUUCCUGAACCUGCUGUUCCUGGUGGACGGCUGGUUGGCCUCCUUCCAGCUGCGGGGGCUGUGUGUGGCCGUAGGUGCCCUCCUGCACUUCUUCCUCCUGGCCUCCUUCACCUGGAUGGGUCUCGAGGCCGUGCACAUGUACAUCGCUCUGGUCAAGGUCUUCAACACCUACAUCAGGAAGUACAUGCUCAAGUUCUGCAUCGUCGGCUGGGGUUUACCAGCUCUGGUGGUAGGUAUUGUCCUCGCUAUCAACCUGGAGUUCUAUGGAAUGCAAGUCUAUGGGAAGGAUGACAACGGACAAGGAGCCUCAGCUUUUUGCUGGAUUGACCAUCCCAUCGUCUUCUACGUGACGUGUAUGUGCUACUUUGUCGUGCUCUUCCUCAUGAAUGUGGCCAUGUUCGUGGUGGUCCUGAUUCAGAUCUGCGGCAGGAACGGGAAAAAGAGUAACCGGAGCCUGCGGGAGGAAAUCCUCCGUAACCUGCGGAGUGUCGUCAGCCUGACCUUCCUCCUGGGCCUGACCUGGGGCUUUGCCUUCUUCGCCUGGGGCCCCGUCAACCUGGCCUUCAUGUACCUCUUUGCCAUCUUCAACUCCCUGCAGGGGUUCUUUGUCUUCGUCUUUCACUGCGCUCUGAAGGAGAACGUGCAGAAACAAUGGAGACGGUACCUGUGCUGCGGUCGCUUCCGACUCCCGGAGAAUUCAGACUGGAGCAGGACAGUGACUAACAAUACCAAGAAGGUCAGCUCCGAGAACCUGGGCAAGUCUCUGUCUUCCAGCUCCAUCGGCUCCAACUCCACUGGCUGGGCCAGCAAGCUAAAGUCCAGCUCCAACCUCUUCAAAACCAGCAGCAACAAGGGCGACCAUUUUGUGACCUCUCCAUCCAACAAGUUCGAGCGCCCGGGCGUCCCCCAGGAACCCGCCCACAAUGUCCUGGACAAGGUCAAAGGUUACUGCUCCGCCCACUCCGACAACUUCUACAAGAACAUCAUGAUGUCCGAUGCCUUCAGCCACAGCACCAAGUUCUGAC